UCUGCGUCUUGUGACGCAAAUUUCCCGCCCUUCACUUCAGCGAUCCCGUGUAUGGGGAAAGUCAACAAACUGGUGUUUUCACUGUGAUUUUACUUUGAUAUAUUUUCUAAUCUCCGGACCUUUAUCACCAUCUAAGCCAUGCCUUCCACACAUGACUGGAUUAACGACCCCUUUGGUGUUGUUGAGGGGAUGUUUGCUGCUUCCCAGAGUGAUCCAAACUCUGGCUGGGAGGCGAGAGCCGUGGAGUUCUUCAAAGAUCGGCUGAAAGAGAAGGACGCUCACACCUUGGUCCCAUCUCUCAACGACAUCCCCAUGCAUUACCUGAAGCCCAACAGCCUCGUGAAAUUUCGCUGUUUCAUCCAAGACAUGUUUGAUCCAGAGUUCUACAUGGGAGUCUAUGAGACUGUCGAUCCAGCCACACAGGCUAAAACGUUGCGAUGUGGGAAGUAUAAAGACGUGACAGAAUGCGGGGUGGAUUUUAACUCUAAAAACACCGUGACUGCAGAACGACAGACUUUCUACUGUGUGCCAAUCCCUGGAGAAAACCCCUGGGUCAAAGAGAGGUAUGCCAACAGCAGCCAAGCAAGAGUGGUGCCUUCCACCUCGUACGUGCCAAGCAGACAGAAACGAAGCUACGAGGAAGACGACGACAUGGACGACAUGGACACGCAGCCACAGAAGCAGAGGGAAGCGCACGCUGGUCCUCAGAGUCCCACAGAACAUCACGGCAACGGCGACUGUAAGCGGCAGGAGACAGAAGCUCCUUCCAGCCAGACGACAUCUGCCUCCCACCUCGACCUCAACUUCCCCCUGCCGGGAGAGAAAGGCCCUUCCUGCCUAGUCAAGGUCUACAAGGACUGGGACAGCUUCAAACUGAACGACAUGCUUGAGGUCUACGGGAUCCUCUCCGUCAGUCCCGCUCUCAGCGCCUUAGCCGACGAGAAAGACGCCUCUUCAAGCCUGGUGGAUCCCACUGAGUGCAUGGAGACGGCGGAGGAGCAGAGGGUGCAUUGCCCGCCAGCCUCGCUCGUUCCACGCCUCCACAUGCUCUACGCCAAGCAGCUGCAGCACAACAACCCCCUGCUGCCCUCUGCCGCCACCUCGGAGGACAACAGUGCUUUUUUAGCUUCGACUCUGAGCGAGAUGCCCUCUGUCAGAGAAGAGCUGCUCGCAUACUUGACUCAUGUCCUCCUGGGUGAUGCUCUUGCAGCCGAGUACCUCAUUCUGCAUCUCAUUUCUAACGUGUACGUGAGACGGGACGUCCUCCCGCUGGGCAAGUUUACCUUGAACAUGAGUGGCUGUCCUACUGUUGCCUCAUACACUGAGCGCCUUUAUCAGAUCAUCCAGCAGCUUGUGCCUUCUUCACACUACCUGGGCAUGAGCCUCCAGAACAUGAACCAGAUGCGGUUGGUGCCUAAGAAGGACUAUGUGGCAAACCGGCUGGUGAGCGGCGCCCUGCAGCUGGCCAAAAACACUUCCCUCUACCUAGAUGAAACACAGCUGGAGCAGGGACAGCUGGAUACAACAGGUGUGCGUAACGUCACAGCCUUGGGGAACCUGAUCUCGUGGCAGAAGGUUGAUUAUGACUUUAACUACCAUCAGAUGGAAUUCCCCUGCAAUAUUAACGUGCUCAUCGCGUCAGAGGGCCGCUCGCUGCUGCCGUCUGACUGUCAGAUACACCUGCAGACUCAGGUCGCUCCAUCCCACCUGGAGGAGUAUCUCAGCACCAUGCACAUGCUUUCUCAGGCCUCAUCACAGCUCAACAAGUUCAGAAUCUACCUGAGUGUGGCUCGGCUGCUCGACUACAGUAUCUCAGAUGAAGUGACAAAGUCAGUUGAAGAUGACUUUGUAGACAUGAGGAAGGAUGACCCCCAGAGUAUAUCAGCCGAGGACCUGCACAGGAUGCUCGUUGUGGCGAGGUUGUUGUCUCUGAGCCAGGGUCAGACCUCGCUGUCCAGAGACAGCUGGCUCCGAGCCAAACACAUCGAGGCGCUGCGGAGGAGCCGGAUGGAGCAGCACAAGUGUGUCAACGGCAACGAGCCGUGAUCAGAGGCAAAUGACAUGACUUUUGUUUGCUAUUUUUCCCUAUUUGAUAUCUAAACAGUUUGUAAUAAAGAUGUUUUCAUUUGCCAUAUA